AUGGCACAAUCGCAGAGAUUAGUCUGCAUGUCUGUAGUUGCCGCCGGCGGCAUCCACUUCAUCCAAUUGCCCAGUCAAUUGAACGGGCUCUUUGCCCAGUUGAUGCCCGACGACUGGGUUGUCCUGGCCACCCCGCAAUCUGAACCUACAAGAGCCCUUAACUUUAUUUCCUCGAACGGGCCAAGCUUCACUGUGAAUCUGCCUGCUUGGCAUUGUCUAAAUGUCGACUUCGAAUCUACUUCUUACGGCGCCACAGGCAGGCUGAACUCGAGCCAGUUCUGUUGUCUUGGGCCAAAAUCUCGCCUUAGUCACGCAUUCACGGGGUGUCUUCCUCUCUUUAACUGUUAUUACCCUCAAGUCACGAUGCUCCUCUUUCUUCGCUUUAUGAACAAAUCCAUUUCUUCGUCUCUCCUUUAUCAUCGUCAUCUCUCUUCUCUUCGCGCCCUACAAGUCAUGGCAGCACUCGUUCACCGCUCCUCCAACAUGUGCAGACUCGCUUUUAUCUGUUACAAAGAGAUUCCGUCUUAUUCAAUUGCUGCCUUGAAGCUCAUCCUCAACAUUUGUUUAAAAAGAAUUUCAGAUAAUGAGACUUAG